CUUUAAGUUGCGGAGCUCCAAUGUUCGGACGGACGACGGCGGCGUCCGGCUGCCAGUGACUUUGGCUCGAGUCAUGCUCUUUAAUAACUUCAUUGCAUUCAAAGGAACAGCAGUGCGCCAUCUGCCAUGCCCGUGAUGUCACAGCUCUUCAGGGGCUUUCCUCGAUCGAAGGUCUUGUCCUCCAGUCUGUUACCAUGCCAACACCGCCGACCCCACUUGGCGUCCUCUGCACAGCGACGCGCCUCGAAGCAUCCGUCCCACACGAGUCACGCUCCUUCAAGAUGUUACCAGACCACCUCAGCACUCCACAGCUACAUCCUCACUCCACCACAAGUCAACUCCAUCCUCAAAGCUAACGAAUACACCUUCAAGGUUCCAGAGUUCGAUGGCAAGAACCUGUCAUCUGUGAUGGGCUUCGACAGCAAUCAGCUGCCAGCAAACGCUCCUAUAGAAGACCGCCGCAGUGCUGCAACAUGCCUGCAGACAAGAGGAAUGCUGUUGGGCGUGUUCGACGGCCAUGCCGGAUGCGCUUGUGCGCAGGCUCUCAGCGAGAGGCUCUUCUACUACAUCGCGGUGUCCCUGCUACCGCACGACACUCUGUGCGAGUUAGAGGCGGCGGUGGAGGCGGGCCGGCCGCUCAGUCCCAUUCUGCAGUGGCAGAAGCAUCCCAACGACUACUUCAGCAGGGAGGCUCAGACGCUCUACUUCAACAGCCUCCGCACAUACUGGCAGGAGCUCAUCGAUCUCACCAACCCAGGUGACGUCCCUGACACCAGCGAGGCUCUGAUGAACGCCUUCAAGAGGCUGGACAAUGACAUUUCUCUGGAGGCUCAGGUCGGAGACCCAAAUGCUUUCCUGCACUACUGGGUUCUGAGAGUGGCCUUCUCUGGAGCAACGGCCUGCGUGGCUCACAUCGAUGGAGCAGACUUGUAUAUAGCCAACGCAGGAGACGCUCGUGCUGUGCUAGGGGUUCAGGAGGAGGACGGUUCCUUUACCGCUCACACUCUCUCUAAUGACCAUUGUGCCCAGAACGAGGAUGAGGUGGCUCGGAUCCGGGGAGAACACCCACCCUCGGAGAGGAAGACCGUUAUACGCCAGGACCGCUUGCUGGGCCUGCUCAUGCCUUUCCGAGCGUUCGGUGACGUGAAAUUCAAGUGGAGCAUCGAACUGCAGAAGCGAGUGCUGGAAUCGGGACCCGAUCAGCUCCAUGAAAAUGAGCACACCAAGUUUAUACCGCCAAACUACCACACACCACCUUACCUGACGGCCGAACCCGAGAUCACUUACCACCGGCUCAGACCGCAGGAUCGCUUCUUGGUGAUCGGUUCCGACGGCCUGUGGGAGACGCUGCACAGACAGGAAGUGGUCCGCAUCGUCGGCGAGUACUUGACCGGCGUUCACCAGCAUCAGCCGCUGACGGUGGGCGGCUUCCGCGUCACCCUUGGACAGAUGCAGGGGCUGCUGGAGGAGCGCAAGGCCCGUGUGUCGUCGGCCUUCGAGGACCAGAACGCCGCCACCCACCUGAUGCGCCACGCCGUGGGGAACAAUGAGUUUGGCACGGUGGACCACGAGAGGCUCUCCAAGAUGCUGUCGCUGCCCGAGGAGCUGGCCCGCAUGUACCGUGAUGACAUUACCAUCAUCGUCUCUCAGUUUAACCCUCAUGUAAUCGGCGCGCGGCAGCAGGAAGCGUAAACACACACAUUUUUUAUUUUCAGACUUGAAACUAUUUAUGGGAAAAAACUUGUUUGUACACAGGAAAGAUCCAUUUUCUUAUGUAGUUGCAGACGGUAUAAUUUUGUAUCAUAGUUUGAUACUUACUACACACCCCCUUUAUUUUGUGGCUGACAUGACACUGUUACAAACCUCGGUGCCAAAAGAUCCUGAGCUGGGGGAAAGAAAUUCCAAAGAACAAAUGAGAAAGGAAAAUAAAAAGAACUGUCUCAGCAAAUCUGAAGUGUGGCAUGAAGAUUUUUGAGACAGGAAAAAAAGGGUAGUGUUGCGCAAAAAUAUUAUUCAAAGAAGUAUGUUUUGUCAUUAUUUUCAUGGCAAAUCGUACACAUUUUAUAUGAACGCUCCAAUUCAUUUUCUUCUAGGUUUGUCCUUUUAUGUUUAUUUAAAGUAAAAGGCUUUGUACAUUUUCUUUCGGAAGUUUUUUUCUCAUAGUAAUGUUAAGUGUUGUUGCAUUAGCACAAUGGCAACUUGCUGUACAGUGUGUUAACAUUUGAAAUAGUCUUUUUGCAAACGCACUCCACUUCUGUAAUAUCCACAGCCAUGUUUUACUCCCUAUUUCAACUCCAGUCAAAUAGCCGAAUCAAAUGAAUCUUUGCAUCAACUGUUUGAAUAUUUAUUCCACAUUGUUACUACCAUUCGUCUUAUCUGUGGUGUAAUGUAUGAAUUGUUAUCCAUCCGGGUCCUAUUUUAUAUAUGGUGUAAUAAAUUGUAA